UCAACAUUUUCACCUUUUCUUUCUUUUGCCUCUCCUAACCUCCUUGUGUCUUUCUCCCCUUUAACCUCCUGCAAAUCUCCAUUUCUCCUCUGCUUCAUCUUCAACAUCUCUUUCUCUUCCACUUCCUUCUAAACUCCCUAGCUUUUUCCUGAACCAUCAUGACUAACCAGAAUGUGGUAUUGUCCGAUGCGAGAUCGGGUAUCGAUGUUAGAAUUACAGUUUCUUUGUCGAAUUCUUCGCUGUUUUCUGCACCAGUGCCACAACCCCUGCGUGAACCAGAUGGGUUCUUGGGCAUUCCACGGAAGAAGAUCUUGAAGACCCUCGACUCUGACAAAGGAGGACAGAAAAUAAAUUCAUGGGUCGAUUCAAUGAGAGCUUCUUCUCCUAGCCGUGAGAAAACCACCACUUCUCUUGUUGAAAAUGAAGAACAGAGCUCAUGGAUUGUUCAUCAUCCUUCUGCGUUAAGCAUGUUUGAACAAAUAGUGAAUGCGUCAAAGGGGAAGCAAAUUGUGAUGUUUCUGGACUACGAUGGCACUCUAUCCCCCAUAGUUGACGAUCCUGAUCGUGCUUACAUGACAAACGAAAUGAAAAAAGCUGUAAAGGAUGUGGCUAGAUAUUUUCCUACAGCAAUAGUGACGGGGAGGUGCAAAAACAAGGUUCGCAGCUUUGUAAAAUUAGCAGGACUUUAUUAUGCUGGCAGUCAUGGAAUGGACAUUAAGGUACCAUCAAAAAGCAGCAAAUACAACAAAGGUAACCAAGCAGUGCUGUUCCAACCUGCAAGUGAGUUCUUGCCCAUGAUUGACAAGGUGUACAAAACCUUGAUAGAAAAGACGAAGUCCAUCCCUGGAGCCAAGAUUGAAAAUAACAAAUUUUGCGUAUCUGUACAUUACCGGUGUGUUGAUGAAAAGAGAUGGGAUACAGUAGCUGAACAAGUUAAAUUAGUACUGAAUGAAUACCCAAAGCUUAAACUAUCACAAGGAAGAAAGGUAUUAGAGAUCCGUCCAACAAUUAAAUGGGAUAAGGGGAAGGCUCUUGAAUUUCUUUUGGAAUCAUUAGGAUUUGCCAACUCUGAAGAUGUUUUACCAGUCUAUAUUGGAGAUGAUCGUACGGACGAAGAUGCAUUCAAGGUUUUAAGAGAAAGAGGACAAGGCUUUGGUAUCCUGGUUUCAAAAGUUCCAAAGCAAACGAAGGCUUCUUAUUCUCUGCAAGAACCAUCUGAGGUGAAGCUCUUUUUACAACGUUUGGUGGAGUGGAAGAGACUAUCAUCACUAUGAACAUCAUCAUGCCUUAUAAUUAACACCCAUUAUUAUUAUUAUUAUUAUUAUUUUUUUUUUUUUUGUGCGUAGAAAAAUAGAAAUAUUUAAUGAGAGAAUAUUGAUAUAUCCACCCUCCCAAAAAUGGUUAAGGUUGGAUUCUAUAUAAUUA